GGUUGCCUGAUUUGUGGGUGCUUGUUGGAGAAACAGCAACGUUUGAAUGCCAAACACCAAAAGCGAAUCCGAAACCAGAGAUCACUUGGAUGAAAGAUUUCUCUGAGGUGCUGACUAACAAUAGAAAAACUGUGAUCUCGAGGGAUAAAACAACAUUAAGCAUUAGAGAGCUAGAGCCAUUUGAUGAGGGUGAAUAUGCUUGCAGUGCAAAGAACCUUGUCGGAAGUGACAGCUCAACAGGAGAGCUCCAUGUCAUUGUUCCUCCAGAUAUUCGCUCUCAAAACAAUUACAUUACUGUACGACAAGGCUUCACAGCAGUUCUCAACUGCUUUGCAUCUGGUAAUCCAACGCCUACCAUAGAAUGGUUUCAAGGCUCGGAACAACUAAUCAGUGAUGGCAGAAAAUACAAUGUAUUGGGACAGGGAACUGGCACUCUUCGAAUUAUUAAUGCUCAGAAUGAUGAUUCAGGACAUUAUCAGUGUGUUGCAGUCAACCGUGGUGGUGAACGCACAAUGAACUUUACUGUUGUUGUGUACUACUCGCCUCUUAUUGUUCCUCCGCCUGUCACUCAAGAGGUUCGGUUUGAGGGUCAAGUUGUCUUUCAAGUUCAAGUAUUGGAUGGUUCCGUGGUGAUCUCCUUAGCUCGGCCAGAUGAUGCAGGAAGAUAUACAUGUGUAGCUACAAACACAGUUGGUCGCGCAAGAGCGACGGCCACUUUGGAUGUGAUAGUUGCUGCUGUCAUUGGAGACACGAUAAAUGGCACAGCUGUAGUGACUGGCUCUAGAACUCUUUUACCAUGUCCAGCCAGUGGUAUUCCACCUCCUGUAAUUCACUGGGAAAGAAAUGGGCGGCGUUUGGACAUCAAUGGGCGUAAAUAUCAAGUUUUUUCAAAUGGAUCUUUGCUAAUAAAUAACGUUCAAGAUGAUGACAGUGGCGAUUACAAGUGUGUUGCUACAAAUCGAGGUGGUGUUGACGCAAUAGAAAUCUCAAUAGACGUUCUUUUUCCUCCCUCAAUUGAUGUUGAAUUUACACCUCAGUCAAUACUUUCUGGCCGGUGUCUAAAGCUACAGUGUGUUGGCUCUGGUAAUCCACUGCCUUUUGUACAGUGGAGCAAAAAUGGCAUCCAGCUGCAGCGUUCAAGUGAUGUGGAGAUAUCUGACAACGGCACACGACUAACUAUAUGUUUAGUGAAAGCAUCAGAUGCUGGAUUAUACAUGUGUAUUGUUUCUAAUGAAGUCGGCCAAGCCAAUGUGUCAGCUAGAGUUGAUGUGAUUGUUUCUUCGAUGAUUGUUUCUGUAUUCGAUGUAAUUGAUGGUAUUGUCGGUGCUGAUGUCUGGCUGCCAUGUGAUGCUACUGGAAAUCCACGCCCUCGCAUAACGUGGUAUAAGGACAACAAGUUGAUUGAUACCGCAGCACUGAAAUAUCAUGUCUACACAAACGGUACUCUUCAUGUCAGAAAUUUAGAGAGCGUUGAUUCAGGUGUUUACAAGUGUGUGGCUACUAAUGUCGGCGGAGAAGAUACAGUCAAGGUGACUGUAGACGUUCAUUUUGGUCCAACGUUUACUACUACCAGUCUUACGUACAACUUGUUGGUUGAUAGUGAUGCUGUCUUUAUUUGCUCUGUUUCUGCGAAUCCAUCUCCUGUUGUGACGUGGUACAAGGAUGGGUCUCGACUGUACGGCGAUAUGCGCAUUUCUGUCUCAUCCGAUGGAACGCGACUGACGGUAGCAGAUAUUCGACCGGAAGAUGCUGGUACUUAUACGUGUGUAGCAAGCAACUACAUCAGUACAGUGAGACAUUCGGGCACUCUGAAAGUUAUUGUAUAUGCUAGAAUUUUGUCAACUGUUGAUCAUGUUGGUGCUGUUCGUCGCCUAUCUGUGUGGUUGCCUUGUGCUACUCGUGGAAUCCCCACUCCUCGUGUAUAUUGGGUGAGGCAAGGAGAGGAGAUUUCUAAUUCCAGUAAGUAUGUGACUUUUAACAACGGAACGUUGAGAAUAAACAACUUGGAGACAGCAGAUGGUGGUUUGUAUCGCUGCUUUGCUACAAAUGAAGGAGGCAUGGACACAAAGAAUGUAACACUGGAUGAGCAGUACGGUCCAUAUUUCAACUUGAGUCUAGAUGAUCAAGAGGUUAUGUCUCAUAGUGAUGCCAUCUUUUUAUGUGCUGUUGAAGGCAAUCCAGUGCCUACUAUUACAUGGACUAGAGAUGGUCAAGUUCUGUCAUCUUCGGUAAACAGAAUUAGCAUCCAAUCAGACAACUCCAAACUUGUUGUGCAAGAUGCACGUCCAUCUGAUGCAGCAUACUAUACUUGCACAGCUCAGAACACAGUCACUAACAUGGCUGUUACUCACGUCAUGAGAGCAUCAUCGACAGCAAAACUGGAUGUUGUUGCUUGCAGCUGUGAUUCUACUCAAACACGUCAAGAUGCCAAUAAGAAGCGACAUGCUGUUGUUUUAGUUCAAGUAACUUCUUCCGCCCAAGAAAACGAAGGACAAGUAUCAUUCAAAGCUAAAGUUAAAAAGGUCUGCCGUGCCAACAAUGCCAUAGCACGUAAGAUAAAGUCUGGAAAUUUUGCUUCACUUGCUGUCACCCAGGAAACUCAGCAUGGAAUUUGCCGAUGUCCCGACUUUCAGAAAAAAGUCAUGUACAGAGUUGGGGUCAAGGUCAAUGGAAAAUCCGGGAAAAAAUGGCAACUUGAAGUGCCACGAAAGUUUUAUGUUACAGAAUCAACAGUAUGCUAACAGAAAGAAUCAGCUGUAUUGCUAAUGUCAGUGGUCUGGUCUUAAUAGUAAAAAAGUAUCGGAUGCUGGUAACUAACAUUCACUGAAUAGUAUGAAAUUAUGGGCGCUUCCAAAUUCUCUUCAACAAGUAGUAUAUAAAGUGUUUGUUGACAACAAAUUACAUCGUCGUGUACAAGCUUUCUAAAGAAAGAUGCCAAUGGGAAGUAGUCACUAUUAUUAUGGCAAUUAUUGCAAAUUGUCUCGUUACCCUGCUGAGAAGAGGCAAAUUUGUAAGGAGUUGUUAUCA